AUGGCUUCUCUUCCCUCGGGUUCAUGGUCAUCUGAAUCUGAUCCUCACGCUGUUUUAUUUCCAUUCAUGUCAAAAGGCCACACCAUCCCACUACUCCACCUAGCUCGCCUCCUCCUCUACCGCCGAAUCGCCGUCACCAUCUUCACCACCCCAGCCAACCGUCCCUUCAUCUCAAACUCCCUCUCCGACACUACCGCCUCCGUCAUCGACCUUCCUUUCCCUCAAAACAUCGAUGGCAUACCCGCCGGUAUUGAAAGCACCGACAAACUCCCCUCCAUGUCUCUCUUCGUCUCUCUCGCCACCGCUACAAAACAAAUGAAACCCAGAUUCGAAAAAGCCUUGGAGACUCUACCACAUAUAACUUUCAUCAUCUCCGACGGAUUUCUAGGCUGGACCCUAGACUCGGCCACCAAGUUUGGUGUUCCUCGGCUGGUCUAUUAUGGUAUGAGCAAUUUCGCUAUGACCAUGAGCCGAUUUGUGGUUGAGAAUCGGCUUCUCUUCGAAAAAGAGUCAGCCGAUGAGUUAUUCACGGUGACAAAGUUUCCAUGGAUCAAGCUCACAAGAAAUGACUUCGAACCACCGUUCACUGACCCUGAACCAAAGGGUCCUCAUUCCGAGUUCAUUUUAGACUCGGUCAUAUCAACCUCAAAAAGCUAUGGCCUAGUCAUGAACAGCUUCUAUGAGCUUGAGCAGCUGUACGUUGAUUACUGGAAUAGCCACUAUGAACCCAGGGCAUGGUGUGUGGGACCUUGUUGUCUAGCUGAGCCACCAAGUGUUGAAUUCGAAUCAGAAAAUUAUCAGAAACCACCAUACAUGCAGUGGCUAGACCAAAAGCUAGCUGAUGGAAAAUCAGUCCUGUACGUUGCAUUUGGGUCUCAAGCAGAAAUUUCCUCUGACCAGUUCCGAGAGAUCAAAAUCGGAUUGGAAAAAUCAGAAGUUAAUUUUUUGUGGGUUGUGAGAAGAAAUGAAUCUGAACUCGAUGAUGGGUUUGAAGAGAGAGUGAAAGAAAGAGGAAUUCUAGUGAGAGAUUGGGUUGACCAGAGGAAGAUUCUUGGUCAUUACAGCGUUCAAGGGUUUCUGAGUCAUUGUGGUUGGAACUCGGUGAUAGAGAGCAUAUGCGCAAAGGUUCCGAUACUGGCGUGGCCGAUGAUGGCGGAGCAACCAAUUAAUGCUCGGAUGGUGGUGGAGGAUAUCAAGAUAGGUCUAAGGGUAGAAACAUGCAAUGGGUCUGUGAGAGGGUUUGUGAAGUGGGAAGAAUUGGAGAAGAUGGUGAGAGAAUUAAUGGAGGGAGAGAUGGGGAGAGACGUGAGGAAGAAGGUGAAGGAAAUCGGUCAGAUGGCCAUCAAAGCUGUUGAAAAAGGUGGGUCGUCAUGGAAUACAUUAAAUGAGCUCAUUGAUGAGUUAAAAACACACCCAUGAGGGAGUUUUUUUUUUUCUUUCCAUGCUGCUCUGGUAACUGUUCCUGGAUUUACUUUUUUCGUAUAUAAUUUGAUCCAAUGUGUUGUUUGAGUAAAAAGGAAUAUAUAUACUUUAUCCAAUUGAGGUUUUCUACGUGUGAGCAUCGACAAAAUAUCGAGAGUUUAUCGGGCAU